UGUUCGGUGAUUACGUUUGCCGAGUGUGAUAACGAGUUGAUGUUGGUUGAAUAAAAACUCAAUUUGUUGAAAUAAUUUAUUAUGUGAAAAAAUUUCCAAUUUUAAUGUAAAUUAUUUACGAGUGUAUUUGUAUUUUUGUUCGUAAGAAUGUCUGUUGAUUUAGGUUUCGUGGACAAAUCUUGCAAACUCCUGGAGAGUCGUUUUUUUCCUAGCAAAAUAGGAGGUAAACCGUCUUGGCUUGACUUGAAAAAUAUCCCGGAAUCUAAAGACCUAAUAUGCGAUGUAUGUAAUCAACCUCGGUACUUUUUGUGCCAGAUUUACUGUCCUUACAACGAGAAGGAUACCAGCUUUCAUAGAACUUUGUUCGUAUUUCUGUGCCUUUCGAAAAAUUGUUUUCAAUCGAACUCCAACCGAAAUUUCAUCGUGUUUCGGAAUCAGUUACCGAGAGAAAAUUCGUGUUAUCCUGCUCUACCGCCUACUGAAGACGUUUCCUGGCGUCCUGAUAUCAAUUGCAGAACAUUUGGCGUAAAGUUAUGCGAAAUUUGUGGCAUUAGAAGUUGUGAAGAAUUAUACCAAAAAGACGACGAAACGUUCUGUUCAGCGGCUCAUCGGAACAUUUUUGAACGCACUCUAGGAAAAGCAUCUCAAAAGGAAAACCUUGCAUUGCUUCCAGAAUUUGGAAUAAAUAUCGAACCAGAGGACGACUAUUCAGAUGAAUCGUGCAGUGAAAGUGAUGAUGCGGAAUCGGAAGCAGAAAGUGUUGAAAACACUGAUGCUCCAAAUUACUCACAAAUUCGCGGAAUAGCUACAGCUCAAGAUGAUCCGAUGGUGGAACGUUUCUUUAGUCAAUGCAACGAAAGUAUUCUCGACAAGUAUUUUUUAAAUUUCAAAUCUCGUAUUAUGGAAAAUCCUGAACAAGUUAUACGUUAUGCUCGAGGUACCAAACCAUUAUGGUUAUCUUCAAAAUUCAUCCCUCAAGAUUCUGAAAUACCACCUUGCGAGUAUUGUAGUAGCGAAAGAGAAUUUGAAUUUCAGAUUCUUCCGCAACUACUGAAUUACCUGAAUCUGGAUAAAAAUGAGAAAAGCACGGUUGGCGUUUUCGACUGGGGCACUUUGGCCGUUUAUACAUGUAAAAACAGUUGUGAUUCCGGUCCCGCUUACAAACAAGAAUUUUUAUGGAAACAAGAUUUGGUUGAAUAAUUUCUGUAAUAAACGUUUUAAAAAAAUUCAUAA